CCUCACCGUGGGGAGGGGUGGUGACAGGCGCGAGAGAAAGACAUCACUCAAGCUCUGCUGGUCCUGCUUCUCUACUCUUCACAAACCACGUUUCAGACCCUCACUCUCCACCCUCGACUUGCACCCAGGCCCUAGCUCCGUCUGCAAACUGUAGACCUUUCCUAUUCCAGGGCAGCUCAGAAUCUGCAGGGCACUGGGAACAGGACCCCCACCAGUUACCCCAACACACCGUCCCGGUGGGCAAAGGACAACACCGUGUCCCCUUGUGGGGCUGGAUUGGGUCCCGAAGUUCGCCUUCCCUGUCCUUUGUGCUCCAAGGGGUCCUGAUCUGUGCAGUGUCCGUGAAUAGCUGAGGAAGAGCUCACCCCACUUGGGCUCAAGUGCCGGACCAGCGCUUGCUUGGGGGAAGCGUGCAGCUUGGCUCGGAGCACGGCCGUCCUGCAUGCCUAAUCGGCUAUUUAAGGAGCUGCCCGCCACCGGCCCAGGCACCCCCUCCUCCCCUCGUCCACCGGUUCAGAACCACCUUAAAAGCGGGAGGCAAUUGUGAAGCCGCUGGCCAGCAAGAGGAGUGGAGCCUGCAGAGGUAGAUAAAGAGAAGGCAGAAAGUGGGGAGCGUAGACAGAGGGGGACAGCAAAAGAUUUAUCCUGGGACCCAGAAACCGACGACCGCUAGUCCCUAAACUCCUGGCCCGCUGCGUCCUUUGCUGGGGAUACCAUGUUGUUCUUCGCCCUCUUGCUUGAGGUGACUUGGAUCCUGGCUGCCGAUGAGGGCUUGCUGUACUGGAGAGCUGAGCACAAGGUGUGUACACACACAAGUGCAGGAAGCUCCUUGCAGGUUACAGAUUCCAAAACUCUCCUCAAAGCCCUAGUCACAGGUCACCACUGGACAUAUGAAGGCCCACAUGGUCAGGACCAUUGGCCAGCCUCUUACCCUGAGUGUGGAAGCGAUGCCCAGUCCCCCAUCGAUAUCCAGACAGACAGUGUGACAUUCGACCCCGAGCUGCCUGCUCUACAGCCCCAUGGAUAUGACCAGCCUGGCACUGAGCCUUUGGACCUGCAUAAUAAUGGCCACACAGUGCAACUCUCUUUGCCCCCUACCCUGUACCUGGGCGGACUGCCCCGAAAAUAUGUAGCUGCCCAGCUCCACCUGCACUGGGGUCAAAAAGGAUCCCCAGGGGGGUCAGAGCACCAGAUCAACAAUGAAGCCACAGCUGCAGAGCUCCAUAUUGUUCAUUAUGAUUCUGAUUCCUAUGGCAGCUUGAGUGAAGCUGCCCAGAGGCCUCAGGGGCUGGCUGUCCUGGGCAUCCUAAUUGAGGUGGGCGACACUGAGAAUCCAGCCUAUGAACACAUUCUGAGUCAUCUGCAUGAAAUAAGCCAUAAAGAUCAGAAGACCUCAGUGCCUCCCUUCAGCGUGAGAGAGCUGCUCCCUUCAGAGCUGGAGCAGUUCUUCCGCUACAAUGGCUCGCUCACCACUCCUCCCUGCUAUCAGAGUGUGCUCUGGACAGUCUUCAACAGAAGGGCCCAGAUUUCAGUGGGACAGCUGGAAAGGCUUCAGCAGACACUGUUCUCUACAGAAGAAGAGCCCUCAGAGGCCCUGGUCCAGAACUACCGAGCUCCUCAGCCUCUCAACCAGCGAGCUGUCUUUGCUUCUUUCAUCCAAGUAGGACCUGUGUAUACCACAGGUGAAAUGCUGAGUCUAGCUGUGGGAAUCGUGCUGGGCUGUCUCUGCCUCCUGGUGGCUGCUUACUUCAUCGCUAAAAGGAUUCGGAAGAAGAGGCUAGGAAAUGGGAAGAGUGUGGUCUUCACCUCAGUCCGAGCCACCACAGAGGCAUAAACUCCCCCUCAGACAUCAUGGACCUCUUCCUCUCAUACCUGUCAGGGAGUCUCCAAAGUAGGGUCAGAGACUGGUCAGAAAAUACGGUUAGGAGUAGUAGGUAGAUUCCCCUCCCUCUUCUAGACAGUCUCCCACAGACAGGUAAGACAACUAGUUCUUCUUUGAGGAAGAACAGCAGAGCUUUCAGUUUCUCAAAAUAUGUAGAUCAGGGACCUGUGUGUAUUAAUGCAGAGGGCAAACUAUUUUUGUUUAGUUGUUGAAGUUGGGUAGGUACCACAAAGUCCCCUAGUCUUCACCUUUAUAUCUCUUCCCCUAGGUAUGCUGCAGUAUCUCCCCUUAGGAAAAAGGGCUGCUGCUGGGAUUAUUAUUAUUAUUCUGUUCAAUAUAUUUGGAAAUUAAAGUUUCUGACCUUCA